CGCCCAGCCGCCAGCCCCCCAGCCGCCCCUGCACAGGUUCCCCAUCCUGCUCCUGGAGGGCAGCAGGGGGUCCCCAUCUGGGUUUCCCUGUGAGCUCAGAGGGACCUCGGUCACGAGGUGCCUGCCGAGACACGCGCGUGGCUGAAUUUGUCACCGGUGCCGGUGGAAACAGUCCGGAAACGGGAGACUCCUGGCUAAGACCCUGUCCUGGCCGGAACUGUCUGGGCCUGGGUCCCCCACCCUGGACUGGGGGCCGGGACCUUGGCAUCUCACCCUCAGCUGCGCCGACGCCCUCCGGGACUGCUGGGUCACUUCCUGGCCGGUCCCUGUGACCUCAAGUGUGUGGCUAGAUUAGGGCUCCCAGCACCAGGACAGGCCGCAUCGCUGCCCUUCUCCCACCCCUGGUUCAUUUCUUCUUCCUUGCCCCCCUACGGCCCCCUUGGGGUUCUCCUGCUCUCAGACCGCCCCCCCACCCCAGCAGCAGCAGCAGCCUGACCACACAGGUCGAGACCCCCCAGCGCGGAGCUCGGCGGAGGCCUCUCCCUAGAGGGCCAUCAGAGGGGACUGUGUGCAGAAGAGACGAGGACCCUCCCCUCUCCCCCACGAGCCCCUCUGAAUUUUUUCACCUGCAAGGAGCCCCAGGCUGCGGAUGGAACCAGGAGGGGAGCAGAAGGGGCCUCAAGACCCAGAAGGAGGCCGAAGCUGGGCUCCUCUCUGCUCCCCAGGAUAGUCGCAGUAAGACGGGGCAGCCCCCACAGAGGACCCGGGUGUCAGGGGAGAGGGGAGGAUCACUCACCUGCUCUGACCUCUGACUUGGGAGGCAGGGCUCUGGUCCAGCCAGCCACAGACCGGGAGGGGGGCGCUGCAGGAAGGGCACAGAGCCCUUGCCUGGGGACGUGACCUGCAGGGCUGUCCUGGGAAGGGGGGGGGGGGCUGCCCACAUGACCGGGUAGCAGGAAGCAGCCACUCAGCCCGGAGAGGCUUUCUGGGCUAGACAGAGGCUGAGGGUGGGGAAUUUCCUCCCCCAUCUUGCCGGCCCAGCACUGGGACCCUGUUUUUGAAACCGAGUGACUCUAGCCACCAGGCCUCCUCAGGCCACACCAUGGGCCUGUCACAGGCUUGUGGGGGCAGGGGCUGGUUUAUCUCACUGGGACCUGUCCAAUCCUCCACUGGCACUCAGGAAGCUGGGGGUGGGGGGUCCAGCCGGGCAGGAAGCCCUAGGUCAGCCGGCCCCAGCCCAGAGCAGCCUUGGCAGCAUGUGGGCCCUGGUGCUGCUCUGGCCUCUGGUUAUGGGGUUCAACCUGGAAGACGACAGCCAGAGCCCCCUCACCUACGACGAGAUGGGGAGCACAGGGGGAGAUGGCACAGUGGGGCCCCUGAGCGGGCCCCAGGAGGGGACCCCUCACUUGCCCCACCUGCGCAGCUUCCCCGGCCAACCCUGGGCUAACAACAGCGAGAUCUUGGAGAUCCCAGAAAGCUCCCGCGCCCUGCUGCUGGGCUGGGUGGCCACGAGGCUGGUGCCCGCCGUGUACGGGCUGGCCCUGCUGGUGGGGCUGCCGGCCAACGGCCUGGCGCUCUGGGUGCUGGCCACGCGGGUGCCGCGGCUGCCCUCCACCACGCUGCUCAUGAACCUGGCGGCCGCCGACCUGCUGCUGGCCUUGACGCUGCCGCUGCGCAUCGCCUACCACCUGCAGGACCGCCACUGGCCCUUCGGCGAGGCGGCCUGCCGCGCCACCACGGCCGCGCUCUACGGGCACAUGUACGGCUCGGUGCUGCUGCUGGCGGCCAUCAGCCUGGACCGCUACCUCGGCGUGGUGCACCCGCUCCGAGCCCUCACGCUGCGCGGCUGGCGCCUGGCCGCCGGGCUCUGCGCGCUGGCCUGGCUGGCGGCGGCGGCCCUGGCGCUGCCCCUGGCGCUGCAGCAGCAGACCUUCCAGCUGGCGCGGCCGCCCCGCGUGCUGUGCCACGACGCGCUGCCCGCGGGCGCCCAGGCCUCCUACUGGCGGCCCGCCUUCCUGUGCCUGGCCGUGCUGGGCUGCUUCCUGCCGCUGCUCGUCGUGCUGCUGAGCUACGCGGCCGCGCUGUGCGCGCUGGCGGCCGGCGGCCCGCGCUACGGCCACGCGCUGGGGCUCACGGCGCUGGUGCUCGCCUCGGCCCUGGCCUUCUUCGUCCCCAGCAACACGCUGCUGCUGCUGCACUACUCGGACCCGGGCCCGGACGCCUGGGGGGACCUGUACGCGGCCUACGUGCCCAGCCUGGCGCUCAGUACCCUCAACAGCUGCGUGGAUCCCUUCAUCUACUACUACGUGUCCGCGGAGUUCAGGGACAAGGUGCGGGAGAGGCUGCUCUGCUGGGCCCCGGGCGCCUCGGCAGCCUCCAGGGACGGGGGCACCCAGGGCACCGGCACCCGCUCCACCUCGCUGGUGUGACGGGCCCCUGGGAGGCGGGGCAGACAGAGAGGGGGUUGCACGGGGCCGAGCGGGGUCCCCUCCCAGUUCCUGUCUACAGGGACGCCCUGAAUGUGAGCUGCUGUGAAAUAGGGGCUUUGCAGGUACUGUUGAAAUUGGGUCACACCGGAGGAGGGGAGAGCCUAAAUCUGCUGUGACCAGUGUCCUUAUAAGGAGAGGACGCACAUACACACCGGGAAGGCGGCCAUCUGACCACGAAGGCGGACAGUGGGGUGACGCAGCCACAGCCAGAGAACACGACGCCGGCCAGAGGCCUCCAGAAACCGACAGCCCAAGCCACGCUCCCUCCGAGCCCCCCGAAGAUGCCAACCCCGCCCACACCUUGAUCUCAAGCUUCCGGCCUCCAGAACUGUCAGAGAAUAAAUUUCUGUUGUCUUAAGUCACCUGUUCUGUGGUAUUUGGCUACAGCAGUGCCAAGAAACUAAUAUAUGGGCUAAAUGCAGAUUCCCAGGUCCGGCCAGCUCCCUCGUGUCCCAGGUGGGGCAGAGGGGUUGCCGAGGCCACUCUAGAGCUGCUGCAGGACCCCCCCCCCCGGGAGGCUGCUCCGG